GAGAUGGAGGGCUUCCAUGAAGACAAGUUUUUCAUUCAAAACCGUUUACGGGCUAUAAAACAUAUAUCACGAACCCUCUAAAUGCUGUUUUAAGUCUCCCUCCUCGUAUUUGUAAAAUGGAAGUAUUUACCAGCGAAGACGUGUCGAARAUUUUCUGGAAAAAGCUAGUCGUCGUUAUAGGAGAUUCCAUUCAGCGAUGUGUUUACAAAGACCUGGUUUGCCUUCUUUCUCCUGGAAGUAAUACKAGAUACCUAACUUCAAAGGAGCUCAAAGCCAAGGGUGAAAUUGACUUCUUGAAUGAUAAACUAUUGCAAGGUGGUCAGCUUGGUGAAGUCAAGACAGGGAUCAAUUACCGUGAGGUACGACAAUAUGACAAUGGAACAUCUGUWGUUAAAUUUUACUUUGCAACCCGAUGUUACUCAGACCAUUUGGAAUCAGUCCUCAAUGAACUCAAAACUAUGCAACCCCAUGCUGUUAUCAUGAACUCUUGCCUCUGGGACCUUCACCGAUAUGGUCCUCGUGGUCCAGAUUCUUAUCAUGUUAACAUGAAGAAACUGAUGGUAGGUUUGAAAAAAGUCAUUCCUAGUGAUGCAGUUUUUAUCUGGAAUGCUACUCUUCCUUUAGAUUCCAAAUGUAAAGGUGGUUUUCUGUUGCCAUAUUAUGAGAAUAUUCCUGCACAGGAAAUYAUYGAAGCCAACUUUAUUGCCGCWGACAUUGUCMGGUCUUAUGGCUUCAUAUUUCUCGAUUUACAUUCCUUAUUUGUUCAUCAACUUUACCAUCKAGCCAAAGAUGGAAUUCACUGGAAUCAUUUUGCACACCGAAGGAUAUCCAAUCUUAUUCUUUUACAUCUGUGCCGUGCMUGGAAUUUACCAGUCCCCAAGACAAUGCCACUYGACAUACCCAGAGAGCCACGUUUACAACCAUUAGCUGAGAGGCCACGUAAUGCUUCUUUUGGAUCGUAUACUUCUGAGUUACACAUAGAUAGGUAUGGGUUUAACUCUUCAGGUGAUGCUAGAUAUGUAGUACAGAAGCCUAAUACUUAUAAGGAUAGAUUUAGGUUAAUGGGCAGUCCAAUUAUCAUAARUAGUACAACAGUGAGUAAAGACAAUCAAAUGCCAAGUCCUGUUAUUCCUGGUCUCACCUCUGAUGUUAACAAAGAAAGUGAACCAUUCGCUAAACCAAUCUAUGCUAGCUCACCAAUGGAAACAGUCUCUAUGACUAAGAGCUUGUUACAGCAGAAUGAAAGCACUACAACCCUUGAUAGUCCAUUGACAGAGCAAUAUAUUGACCAAAAGCUAGGAUUAUCCCAGAAUCUGGAACAAGACUUUAAUGCUUGUUCUGGUGCUAGCAAGAACUCAACUUCUUAUUUUAGUGAUACAAAUGGGACRCAGACUAAUGAAGGUGGAGAAAACACCUUGACUGGCAAAGGCUYGACMAGUACAGCAUCACAGUCCAGUUCUCUGGUGAUUCAGGUAUYGUCUACUUGCAUUGCAMGUAAAGAGAAGGACAGCGUGGUAGAGAUACAGCCAACCACAUGUACUUCAUCCAUUAAUCCUGCCUUAUCAUCACACARUCAUGUGUCACAAAUGAACUUACCUGUCCUUCCUGUGACAUCCCAGGUUACCAUGAUGAACCCAUCCCCUGUUACCAAGAYGACGUCUUACUAUGAUAAGMAAAGUAAUGUUGSUGCUCCUUCAAAUAAGGUUGCCCUACCAACUAGUCACCGGUCACAGUUAACCAUACCUGUCAAUCAAGUAGCAUCAUCUCAAGUUGCCAAGACAACAGCUUCCAUAAAUCAACACAAUGCUAUUUGUGCUUCUGUAUAUAUACCUCCGGCAUCUCUGGCUGGCCACGYGCCAUCAUUAAGUACRCCUGUGAUGUCAUCUGUUACCAAGACAACUCAGUGCUUGGGGAAGGAGAAUGCUCUUUGCACUACUGGUAAUAGUAUUCCCUUGUUAGCUAAUGUGUCACAGUUGCGUAAAUAUGACUUACCAAAUAAGAAACAAGCAUGCAGUAGGAUAACUACAGUACAUGCACCCCAAAGGACCUCAAAUAUUCCUGUAAUAAUCAAUCAAGAGGCAAGUACCUUGAACACACAGAUUCAAAAAGAACUUCAUGUGGUAAAAUCUUCAGUAGACAGUGUUGUUCAGACCAAGGAACAACUACGUGUUGGUGGUAGCACUGUGGAUCRGAAUAAACCAAGCAAAAUCAAUGAUGUUUUUGAAUCCAGUAAAGUGCAAAACAAAACAAAACAUCCUGUUCCUUCUACAAAAAGAAAGGCUCCUGUAAAAGACCUGGAGCACAAAGCUUCAAUGGAUGUACAACCCAAGAAACAGAAGCUUGCAGAGAGUGCUCUCUCAAAUACUUCUGGUAAAAGYCAUAGUGAAGCUAAGAAGUCAUUUUCAGGGAGGGCUUCUUCAACAAAGCUUUCUGAAGUAUCGUCUGGAGGUCAAAAGCGCAAGACUACAGGGGAUGAGGCUUCCAGCAGAAUAACYAAACAGCAUAAGGUCAGUGAGGUCAAGAAGAAAGCAGAUGACUCCAGAAAACCUUCUGGUAACCUCAAGAGAAAAGCACCAACUGAGGCCGCAGCUAAUGAGAACAAAAACCUACCACAUCAUGAUCUAAAGCCUCCUCCAGUCAAGAGAGGUAAGAAUGAGCGUGACAGUAGUACCACAUCUCGCCAGUACCCCAUGAGGAAUGCAUUACCUUUAUCUGGACAACACUCUACAAGCUCUUCAACAUGUCACGCGUCUAUUCCUGUGUAUUCAGGAAAUCGAAUUGAAACCAAUGCCCCUCCACAACGCCAAUGCGUUCCAUCUUACAAUUUUGUCCAGAGCAACUGCUAUUGGACAGAGAGUCAACAAAGYCUACAAGACAUUCAACAACAACAGCAAUGGUUCAAUACUCUUCUUUCUCGAGGAAGAGCUGGGCCCUACAUGAACAAUGCACAGCCYUUAUUUUAUUACAAUCAUUAUACACGAUCAUGGCAGAUUAAUCAAGGUUAUUAUUAUAGUAAUAAUUAUAGAUAUUAAUAAUAGGRUGCUAUUAUGAAAACCGGCCUUUAUUGACAUCAGAAUGAGGCUAUGAGGGGAAUUGCUACAAAUGAAGGAGACUGAGAAGAGCUCUUGCUGAAGAUCUUCAUAACRAGACUAAGAGGGCUAAAUCUAGGAACACUAGUUUGUUGAAUGGCCUCGACACAAAACAUGCUUAUUGUACCAYAUGAAAACAAGACUAUAAGGGCAGAGUGAACAUUUAUGAUCAUGUAUUUAAGAAACCAAAUAGUAUGCUGGACCUCAUAAUUUGAUUUUUGAGUCGCUUAAAGAGUUUUAAAGUAUCCUACUACAAAACAUUACUCUGAAUUAUUACUGAUCAUUCAAAGUCAUUUCCCCCUUCCUCAUUUGUAUAAUACACAAAGUAUUUGGUUAUAAAUUUCAUUUUUGUACGUUAUUAAUAAUUAAUAUGUAUGUUGAUGUUUAGUAAUGUUAAAGAUAGUACAAGGAAAGUAUACUUGUAUACCCAUGUAAUAUCGACUGUUAGAAUCCUUCCGCUCUCACAUCCUCCCCUCACUAAAUACAAGCUGGUACAUGKUAUUCAUUAAUACUCCAGUUAUAUCUUUUGAGCUAGUCUCCUCCACAGACAUCUAAUUGGCUCUUUUUGCUCUCCUUUUGCUCCUUGGGCUUCCUGUUCCUGGUUCCUAGUUCUUCUCUGCCAUGAGAUUUAACACAGGGGUCCCAACAGAGAAUAUAUGGGGUAUAUAUGGAGUAGCCUGCGGAUCGCGGAGGAGGCAACUUUUGAGCUUAUAUACAUAGUGUUUAGGGGCACUGGAGUUCCCGUAGCAGUCGCGUAUCACUAUUGAMAUCCAUUGUCAUAAUUGAUUGGCUCCUGUCAAUCAAGGUUAUGGUGGUGUAGGAUAGUAAUCAUUAAURGAACUUAAACACGUUUUUAAUUUUAUGAGUUGCACACAACUGCGGAUAAUGGAGGAACGUCAACCGUCUUAUAGUAAUUCCUUUUUGUUACGUAUAUUAAAUCAUAAACAAAGUUAAGUAAUAUUUAGGAAAUAUAGAAUGUAAAAUAUUUUUGAUGAACUUUUAGCAUCAACAUAUUUAUCGAAAAUAAUGAGUUAYUUUGUAGUAAAGCUUGUUCCAGUUA